CAAAAAUUAUAGGAAUGUAUUUUAAAUACAGUUGGUUAAUGUGCGCACGCGUCAGAAGUAGUUUUCGAUUGGUAGAACGAUGGGUACACGCAUCCAAGAUAGAGAUAGUAGUUAAAAAAGAACGUCACGUAAAGGAGCAGGAAGAAGAUAGAAACUACCAUAUUGCGCACGCGAAGAAGAGCAAGAGAGAUAGAAACCACCGCCAAUAUGAUUACUCGAUCACUUGUUCUCAGUAGUAAAGCAAAGUUGGGUGAGAGGGACGGUUUAUCGUACAUUUGGAGCGAAACACAAACUCAAGAAAGAAAUUUUUGUUUGUUUUCACAUAUAUCGUAGUUGUGAAUAAAAUUUUGUGCCUCCAAAGGAUGGCAGCUACCAAAGACGACAGCACCGACAGUGUGCAAUUUUUCGAAGGAGUAGAGAAACUCCUUGAGAUUUGGUUCACAAGCAGCAGUAGCAUAAACAGAAAGCAGGGCGAUCUUAGGCAGAUUCCUCAGUGGAAAUGGCAAUCGUUACUAAAAAUCGUGCGUUGUGAGAUUAUCAGCAUUUGUCGCACAGAGCAUGUGGAUGCUUAUGUCCUCAGUGAAAGCAGCAUGUUCCUAUCAAAGCGUAGACUUAUUCUGAAAACAUGUGGUACAACUACUCCUCUUCAAUGUUUGGAACCCCUUUUGGAACUAGUAAAAGAAUAUACUGGCUUUGAAGAAGUAGAGAAUGUAUUUUAUUCACGAAAAAAUUACAAAAAACCAGAAUUGCAAAUAUCUCCACAUCAAGCAUUUGAAGAAGAAGUUGCUUUGCUUGAUACAUUCUUUCCUGCUGGAGAAGCUUACUGUUUAGGCUCUGUAGAUUCAGAUUGUUGGUAUUUAUAUACUUUGAAUAAAGAGAAAUCUGUUGAUGAACCCUCAGAACCAGAUCAAACACUAGAAAUUUUAAUGACUCAUUUAGAUCCAGAAGUAAUGGCUCUUUUCACUAGAGAUGUAUGCUCUUCUGCAGAUGAAGCAACUCAAAAAUCAGGAAUUGACAAACUUAUUCCAAAUAUGAUUAUAGAUGAUUUUUUGUUUGAACCUUGUGGAUAUUCAAUGAAUGGAGUAUCUAAAAAUGGAAAUUACAUGACUAUUCACAUAACACCAGAGCCUGAAUUUUCAUAUGUCUCAUUUGAAAGUAACAUUCCAGAAACAUCAUAUGAGGAAAUAAUACGACGUGUACUGAAUACUUUCAAACCAAAAAAAUUUGUUGUAACCAUCUUCGCUAACAAAGAAUCAAUAGCUGCUAGUUGUCCACGUGAUUUAGAGCAAACUGAUUAUCUAAAAUGUUCUGGUGAUUGGCUGCGUACAGAUGUGCAAUAUUGCCGUUUUAAGAAUUAUGAUUUGACUUGUGCAUUUUAUUCAAGAUUCCCAAGCUGAGGGUUCAUGGACGCUUCA